AGUAGGGGUGAUGUUGGAAAGGGAGUAAGAUGGAAGGGAGGGAUUGGCUGACAGGCGAAAAGAUCCCGAGAAAAGUGUAAGUGGAUAAUAGAAUGGAAAAGAAAAAUAACAUUUUUUGAAUGGAAGAGAAAAUAAAGUUCCAGGCAUUGGAGGCGGUGAUUAGUCCAAAAAGAAUGAUCGGCUCCAUCGCUGGAUGACUUCGGGAGGCAUGAGUGGUGGUACCAGCGUUCUCAGCAAGACACCUCAUGAUGACGAUGAAAGCUCUGAAGGAUCGAGCUAUAUCAUGGGCAUAGCCUCAACAUGGAAUCUGAGAGUAUCUUGGUAAUACUCAUCACCCUUAUUCUGUGCAAAAAGAGAAAGCAAAACAAAAAGAGGAGACCGAGGUCAAGCAAACAAAGCAGCAGUCAGAUCAAAAACCAGACUGGGGAGGUGAACAGCGUCACUCCUGGGAGGCCUUAUUACUUUUUUUUUUUUUUUUUUUUUUUUUUUUUUUUUCCUUUUUCCCUUUUUCCCUUUUUCCAUUUCCCUGCUAGCGCGAGGGUGCCAGUGAGUAACUCCACUUUCGGCACACGGAGCUUUGGGGAGCUCCAGCAGGAUCGCUUGUUUCCACGGCCUCUCGGUCUUGUUGCAUCCUAUCCCCGCCAGCUCCGAAGGAAGGAGAGCUGCGACCACAAGGCGCGAAUGGAAAAGGAAAAAAUUAAGUCAUGAGUAAUGAUUAAAUAAAAAGUCUCGCGCGACCCUCUCUGG